GUGGUUUCAAGCGUUUUAACAUGUGAUAUGAUGUUUUGGUCCCAUGCUGAUUAGGGUUGUUCUCAAGGUCACCUGAAGGUCAGGUCCGGUCAUUGACCUUUUAUGACCUCAGCUAAUUCUUUCGAGCUUUACAUGUUUCUAGGCAAGUUUUUGGAUUGGAGCCGAAUUCAAAUUUAGCAACCAGUUGAACAUUCACGAAGUAGUUUUGGUGCGUUCGUAGCAUGCUACGAAGCUGUCAGAGGCGGUUGACACCUAUUACGAAUACCCAGCAGGACCCCUACUGGUUGACGUCACGGGUUACAGCUCGUUUUUUCCGCAAAGCUCUAGCUCAAUCUGGGGCGAAACGGCAAGGGAGCAAUGGAUCCCUCCUUAUACGUUAGCGGCUGGCGAAACACCACUAUACGGGCGAGGAUGUGCAAUGUGCAUAAUGGCUGCGACUCCGAUUUGGUAAGAUUUUGGUGACUCCGCCGAUUUCGACUCUUGUCAGCGGAGUCCGCUUCGAAAGGUCGACUCGAACUGACCGUCCCUGACUGCCACUUCGACUUCGGCUCCGUUCCGUAGAUCUACAAAUUGCAAUUUUUUUUGCGAUAUGCACUUCCCUGAAAAAAAAAACAAGGAUAGUUAGGCAUUGCCUUUUGAAGCUUGCCCUUGGUCCCGUUGAGGAUGGGUAAGUGGCCGGUCUGCCGGUUGUGAUGGCUGCUCUAUCUAUGAUUUUUCUUGUCUUGUCUGCUCUUUCAUUUUUCAUAAAUGUCAGGAAAUUUUAUUUUUAUUUUUAUUUCAGCAAAGUGCUGUUUAUUUAAAAAAAUUAUUAUUUAUUUAUCAAAAAUAGAACAUUUUACAUCUCUAGGAUUUUGCUAUACCCACUUUUCGUAGCUUGUGCGCCGAUUUCGCUUUCUUCACUCUUCACGGUUCUUUUUUAGCGAGGGGGUCUGGCUUUGAAGGUCUGGGAAGUAUUUCGGUUUUCAAAAAUACGAAAAAUGGCGUCGAAACUCAUGAAGAGCAACAUUCUCAGAUCGCUGCCGGCGCGUCGGUUCGCGGCGCAGGCGGCCACCAAGUCCUCCGACUAUGGCGUGUUGCCCCGCGAGCCGCUGAAGACAACCACCCUGCCGAACGGCGUGGUGGUGGCCUCUAUCGAGAACCAGUCGCCGCUCUCCCGUGUCGCUAUCGCCGUCAGGGGUGGCAGCCGGUAUGAGACGCCCGAUAACCGCGGAGCCACUCACCUUCUGCGGAUUGUGGCCGGCCUCACCAACGCCGAGAACACGGCCUUCGGUCUGACCCGCGAGCUGCAGCAGCUCGGCGCCUCCCUGGCCUGCUCAGCCGACCGGGAGGUCCUCAUCUACUCCGCUGACGCCACCCGCAAUCACAUGGACGUGGUGAUGGAGCUGCUGGCCAACGCCGCCACCCGACAGGUGUUCAAGCCGUGGGAGAUCACCGACAUCAAGCCGCACCUCAAGCUGGACGUCGAGACCACUCCCGCUGAGGUAUCCCUGAUCGAGGACCUGCACCUGGCUGCGUUCCGCCAGUCCGACCUCGGUAACUCAGUGGUGGCGCCUCACCACCUGAUCGGUCAGCUGGGGCCCGAUCAGCUGGCCUCUCACCUCUCCCGCACACUGCUGGCCGGCCGCACGGCUGUCUGUGGAACCGGUAUCGACCACGAGACACUGGUCGAGUACGCCCAGGGCCUGCAGCUGCCGCAGGGAGAAGGCCCGGCGCCGGCGGCCCGUUACGGCGGCGGCGAGUUGCGCACGGAGAUCGGCGGCGGCGUGGCGCUGGUGGCCGUGGCCGCCGAGGGCGCCGGCCGUUCCUCCGCCACGGCCGCCCAGCAGGCCGUGCUGCAGGCCGUGCUCGGCGCCGGGGCCGUAGUCAAGUACGGCGCCGGACGCGGCGUGCUGGGCGCGGCGGCGGCGCAGGCGGGCGGCGCGGCGGCGGCUCUGAACGCUGUCUACUCGGAUACCGGACUGGUGGGGUACACGGUGGCCGCGGAGGCCGACAAGGCGGGCCAGGUGAUUGAGGCUGUCAACAAGGCCUUCAAGACGACGUCUCUGACGGCCGAGGACGUUAACAGGGGGAAGGCCCUGGCCAAGGCCGCCGUCCUGCGAGCCGACGACAACUCAGGCUCGUGCGUCGAGACGAUGGGCGUUCAGGGCGCCUCACUGGGCAAGGUAUCGGCCGUCUCUGACGCGCUGGCUGCCAUCGAUGCCGUCAAGCUGUCCGACGUACAGACGCUCCACAAACGUCUGGUGGGCGGCAAACUGUCGAUGGCGGCCCGGGGGAACCUCAGGACGGUGCCCUACCUGGACCAGCUCUAGAACAUGCCGCACACGCUGCUGCAGUUAUAGGCCGCGCGACGUGUUUCGGACGGGGCGAGCGUCAGGUCAGCCCACUCUGCCGCCUCACUCCGCUCCUCUGUCUUCUGCCGUCGUCUCUCCGCGACUCUGCCUCUCUGCCGCUGCCUCUGCUCUCGCUUGUCUAACUGCUGUAGCUAGUAUCUUUGUAGCUCAGUAAUAGCCAGAGCUGAUCAAACCUGCUGGUGGAACAGUUCCACGACUAGAUCAGAGGCUUCAGUGGUUGAAGCAGAGCUAACGGCGGCGGAAAGGUUGAUCGUGGCAGCGGCGACGGCAUAGACGGAAAUUUUAGAAUCCUUUGUUGGAGAACCGAGGCGCUUGGAGCGCGUAUUUAAUGCGCGGCGGUGCGGGUCGUUCAACUCGCUCGGUACGGGGAGUGGAUGGGAACGGGUGUCCCGAAAAUGAUGUGUAAACUGUACAGAGUGAUCAGAAUAUAUGGAAAUGUGUGAAAGAGA